GCGGAGGAGCACGGCCGUGGCCAUGGCGCCCUCCGCACGGAUGCUCCACAGCCUCUGAUUCGCACCCGCGUCCGUAGCCCGGGCCAGGAUGGAGGACGCCGAGCACGUGCUGAUGAUGGUGAAGAAACUGAGGGAGGUGUUCGACGCGUGCGACCAGGACGGGAACGGGUACCUGUGCGUGCAGCGCUUCGUGGACCUCGGUUUGCGCUUCGGCCAGGGGGACGAGGUGAAGAAGCUGGCAAACUACCUGGACCCUAAUGCCCAGGGCAGGAUCAGCUUCAAAGACUUCUGCCAAGGAGUGCUCGCAAUAAACGGUUGUGAGGAGAUUUUCAGCACAGCCCCAGACUCAGGUGACAUCACCCCAGGACCUUACAGGACAGUCAAUGGCUACUACUAUGAGGUGGGGAGCUUGAUGAAAGGUCUACGGUUCACACUGGCACUGUGGAAGCUCAACCUGACUUAG